GUAAUUUUCUGCCUCCGUUGUUUUCCAGCCUUUAAGUCAAGCACACCAUCUCCUGCUUCCAAGCUAAUCUAAUUGUACGAAACAUUAAAACCCUAGCAAAAACCCCUCAUCUCCACACUCGGAUUCAGAAAUCUACAUAUUAUUAUAGGAGAAAAGUAAUGGCAGGAGGAAGGUUUAAACAAUUGUUCAAGAAGUACGGAAAGGUAGCAUUGGGGGUUCACUUUUCAGUUUCGGCCGCUUCCAUCACCGGUCUCUAUAUCGCCGUCAAGAGCAAUGUCGACGUCGAGUCCAUGAUCGAGAGAGUCGGCCUAUUUAAACCCAAAGAAGAAGAACUGCCGCCUCAAAAUCCGGAGUUGAUCGGCGACGAUCCGGCUGCUCAGCCGAAGGCGAGGAAUCGGACUGCUGAGUUGGCGGCUUCCAGCGGCGGCGCCAUCGCUCUUGCGGUGCUGCUCAAUAAGGCCCUCUUCCCUGUUCGGGUCCCGAUAACUAUAGCUCUCACUCCCCCAGUCGCCAGGUUCCUUGCAAAGCGGAACAUUUUUAAGAGCUCUGUAUGAAAAUUUUGUUUGUAUCAUCUAUUUUGAUCUUCUCAAUCUAUGAAAGCUAUAUAUUUGUUCGUUGCAGAUUUUUUAGCUUGUACUGAAUACUGAUAGAUGCUAAGAACAUAAUCCAUUUUGAGUAAAGAAGAAAUUACCCAUUGCAACUAUUUGAACAGUGAUGAUAUACAUAAGCAAUGACAUUGUCUGCAAU